AUGGGGCCCCUGGGCAAUAGGGGAUCAUGGGGCCCUGUGUGUCCUUACCCAUACUCAAAAAAGCCUAUGAAAAAAGUACCAGGGGCAUCUCAUGGGGCCCCUUACUGGCCCCCUGGCCCUCGAGCAGUGUCCGAGUUUCCAAAUGUUGUUGGCGGGAAGGAGAGGAGGGAAGCCUGCAGCACUGCAGGGGCGGACUGACAACUCAUGGGGCCCCCGGGCAAUAGGGGAUCAUGGGGCCCCUGUGUCCUUGCCCAAACUCAAAAAAGUCUAUGAAAAAGGUACCAGGGGCAUCUCAUGGGGCCCCCUACUGACCAUAGGCCCUCGGGCAGUGCCCAAGUUUCCAAAUGGUCAGUCCACCCCUGGCUCUCUCUACAGCAGCUGA